AUGGCUCCUCGAGGAGGCUCGCAACGCGGCGGUGGACGAGGAGCGCCCGUUGUCUCUCGGCGCGAGGCAGACUUGAGCGAGAUUUUGACGACACCAGAGAAGGAGGAGCUAUUGCUUUUGGUCACAUCCAUCACAGAUGAAAUGCUACAGCAGAUAGUCCUAGUCUUCGACUCACCGAUUGUGCCGCUCCUUCACAGCGUGCCCGUGAACAUUGUUGUUAAGGGUAGCUUCAAUAAAACAGAACCAGGUGCAACUGACAAGAACCCUAACAACAGCCCAUCGAAGUCUGAGACUGAUGGGAAGGAAGAGCCAGAUGGAGUGCAAGCAGAACUGAAAAAGGAGGCUAUUGCAGCCCUCAACAAGUGGCAAGUUGCGGUCACCAAAAGGUUCACCGAGAUUUCAGCUGCCAGAGACCAGCCGCCCAACCAGUCCCAGCAGCGUGGCAAGGCCCAGAAUGGCAAGCUACCCCAAAGAUCAUCUGGAAGAGGAGGACCGAACAGGCCAAGUGUGACUGCUGAUAAGCCAGGUGGCCGUGGUGUCCGACUGCCCUCUGGUGUCGCCAAAGAUGAGGCACGUGUCGCCCGAGGGCUAUCCCACGCCGCACAUAGAGCAUACACCGAAACUGUCCUAGCAAAGACGGAAGAUGCGAAAAAAGAGAAGAGAGGAAAAGGUGGCGGUGGCCCUAUGGCUGUCAAUAAUGUCGUGCUAGCCACUCCCUUGCUCGACGUUCAAAUAGGCUCCGUUUCUGCUGGAAAGGGAUUAGGUCCGACGGCUGCAGCGAGUGUGCUUGGAACAAUGGGUACAUUGGCAGACGGGGGCCUGGCAACAUGCAUUUUCUUUGGAAUAUGUGGGCCUCGGGGGACAACGGCAAAGACACUGGAGACAUUCACCAGAGAUAUACAGGACACUUCAUUGCUUCCCCUGCAUGGAGAGCAGCAGAAUGGUGAGGCUCCUGAAGCAGAUACUGUUCCCCCAAACGACCGAAGACUUCGUCUUUCCAUUGGGAUCAACGGUUGGAUGUCCCAGAAGCAAGAUGCCAUCAACCCUUGGCGCGUCCUCGGCGACAACAGCGAGUCUUAUGUGUUGGGCUGGGAGGAUGAAACGCUUUCAAAAGUCGGGAGUUCGCUCGAAAUCAUGGCGACAAGCACAGCCUGGCAGAACGCCAAGAAGGAAUUCGCUAACCGCAACGCCAUGGCUAACCCUCUGGACACCGAUGUGGGCAGCGAGCUGUUCGCCAGUUACGAAGCCGAGUUUCGCGUCGUGCAGGCCGAUCUGACUCAGAAGCUGGACCAGAUCCCCGACCUGGGCGGCGAGCCGCGCAAGGCGGCCAUCAGCCAGGCCGAACGUGCGCUGGAGGAAGCCGACGAGCUGAUCAGUCAGAUGAAACUGGAGAAGCAGAACAUUCCGUCGAGCGGGCGGGCACGCGUCAACCAGCGCUUCCGAAACUACGAGACGGACGUGGACAGCCACCGACGCAAGCUGCAGGCGCUGGCUGACGACCGGGCGGCGCUAUUUGGCAGCCGAUACACGGACUAUCCGGGCGCAGGCUCGGGCGACGCGCAGCUGGAGCAGCGGCAGCAGCUGCUGUCGGGCACGGAUCGGCUGGACCGAAGCACGCAGCGGUUGAAGAACAGCCAAGCACUGGCCAACGAAACGGAGGCCAUCGGGGCCAGCACGCUGGCCGACCUGGACCGCCAGCGCAGCGUCAUUCAGCAUACGACCGAUAUGCUGCUUGAGAGCGAGGGCUAUGUGGACCGCAGCGUGAAGACACUGCGCGACAUGGCGCGUAGGAUGGCUACGAAUCGGCUGAUCACCAUUGCCAUAAUCACGAUCCUCGUUCUUCUCAUCGUGGCUGUCAUUGUCAGCAAGUUCCGGUGA